GAGAGGAGUGCAGCAACGGCUGCAACACAGAAGCGAGAGCCAAAUGUGUGCGCGCGUUUCAGGAUCCCCCGUAUGUGCGACAGCUGUGAUCUUCGCAACGUCGUCUCCGGAGCAGUUAUGCAGACAGCAGCAGGAGCCGACCCUUCAGCCACCGUUUUCCAUGCUGUGUUGACCUGUUUUGCAGUGUUUUCUUGCAACCAGUAGUGUCUGCUAACUUCACGGGAGUGCACCAUGGCGUCAGUGAAGGUCGCCGUGCGUGCCAGGCCCUUUAAUCAAAGGGAGAUUGACUUGAAAAGCAGUGAGAUUAUUCGCAUGGAUGGUAACAAGACAUGCAUUGAAAAUCUGAAGUUUCAGAGCCUAAUCUCCUGCCCCAAUAUAAUAGUGUCGCCACAGGGUGGAAGUGAGGAGUUAGGCCGAGAGCGAAUUAAGGAAUUUACAUUUGACUAUUCUUACUGGUCUGUGCACCCAAGUGAUCAACACUUUGUAACGCAAGAACAGGUUUUUAAUGACCUUGGCCAGGAAGUUGUGGACAAUGCAUUUGAAGGCUACAAUGCUUGCAUAUUUGCCUACGGCCAAACCGGGUCAGGAAAGACCUUCACUAUGAUGGGCUCGUCUGACAAUGAAGGGCUCAUACCGCGAAUUUGCCAAGCUAUGUACACUAGGAUGAAAUUAGGGCAAAAUUCUGGCACUACAUUUCGUACAGAGGUUAGUUAUCUUGAAAUUUACAAUGAAAAGGUAAAAGACCUGUUAAAGCGAGAAAGCACACAGCACAAUCUCAGAGUCCGAGAGCAUCCAAAGCUUGGACCAUAUGUACAAGACUUGUCACGCCACCUUGUCAUGGACUACUCGGAUGUAGAGGAGCUCAUGGCACGCGGAAAUGCGCACAGGACGACUGCAUCCACAGCCAUGAAUGAUGUCAGCAGCCGGUCGCAUGCUAUUUUUACUUUGAAUUUUACUCAGGCAAAAUUUAUUCGUGACCUCCCAAGUGAAACUGUCAGCAAAGUUAACUUGGUCGAUCUUGCUGGCAGUGAACGGGCUGAUUCCACCAAGGCAACUGGCCAGCGUUUAAAAGAAGGUGGCCACAUCAACAAGUCUUUAGUCACACUUGGAACAGUCAUAUCGGCACUAGCCGAGCUGUCAACCAGUCAUAGCCGGAAGCGCGUGUUCAUUCCUUACCGGGAUUCUGUCUUGACUUGGCUAUUGAGAGACAGCCUAGGAGGGAACUCCAAGACAAUCAUGAUUGCCACCAUCUCUCCUGCGGAAUGCAACUAUGGAGAAACGCUGAGCACCUUGCGCUAUGCAAACCGUGCCAAGAAUAUUAUCAACAAGCCGACUAUCAAUGAGGAUCCAAAUGUCAAACUCAUCAAAGAACUUCGAGAGGAGAUUGCCAGACUACGGUCAAGAGUCGAAGGGGAUGAUAGUAGCACACAGGUGAUGGAGAAACUCCAAGAGAAUGAAGCAAGGGUGAAAUUUCUGACAGAAGAGUGGACGGAGAAAUGGAAGGAAACACACAAAAUUCUAAAGGAGCAAAAGACCCUAGGCCUGCGGAUGUCUGGCCAAGGCGUCGUCCUCGACUCCGAGCGGCCGCACCUGAUUGGACUGGGAGAUGACAUUCUGAGCACGGGUGUUGUCCUCUACCACUUGAAGGAUGGAAAGACCUUCAUAGGCACUGAGAAUGCAGUGACCAAGCAAGAUAUUGUCCUAUCUGGAUCUGGAAUCCAAGAUGAGCAUUGCUCCAUAGAGCUGGUGGACGGUGGGGCCACCCUUUACCCAAAUGCAAACUCUGAGUGCUGCAUCAACACAAUGCCUGUGGACAAGCCUACCAGGCUCACACAAGGCUGUGUCGUUCUGCUGGGAUCGACAAAUGUGUUCCGAUACAAUGACCCUGCUGAGGUACACAAGCUUAGAAAAGAGAAGGAGAGGAGGUCACUUAUGAACCUGUCUCACUUGUCUUUUCUGAGCCGAUCAGCAGGCGACAUGUCCAAGUCGACAGAGAGCAUCUGCGGAAAUGGGUUUGAGGCUCAUGAAGAUGGAAGUGAAAAGAUUAUGGACAUGAGCAUGCGCAAGCUAUUGGAAAAGCAGUCGGGCAACUACGAGGAGCACAACAACAACAGCAGCGUUGUUGCUCCGCUGAGCAAAGAGCAGGAAGCCGUGGAGGCGCAGCUGUCUCAAAAGCGCGAGGAGCUCAGGCAACUGCAGGAGAAGACCGAGGAGCUCAAGAGGAUGGCCGAUGAGGCUCAUAGAAAAGCUGAAGAAGAGCAAACAAAGCUUGAAAAUGUCACUGAGGAAUUGCGAAGACAUCUGGAGAAGCAAGCUAGCGAAGAACAAGGUACAGCGCAGAGGAUUGUGCAGCUUCAGCAGGAGCUACGUUACCUGACAGCAAAGGAGAAAGAAGUGCGAGAGAAUUUUGAGCAGCUCAAAAACAGGCUUCAACAGGAGCGAGUGUACGUGCUGAGCAAACUUGAGACAGAGCAGUCGCGCCUCUAUGAUGAGAUCAAGAGCCUCGAGAUGAAGGAGCAGGACUUGAAGGACGCUAUCGCCAAGCAGCAGCAGGAGCUGGCGCGUGUGGAAGAAGAGGUCAGCCAGAAGAAAGAUGAAUACUCGUCUCAGACGAAUCUCCUACAGGACGAGAUACAUCUUCUGAAAGACGAGCUCGUACUUUCGACUACCCAAGCUUCGGAGAACUGGCGCUCCCUCCUGUCGCUUAUCUCUGGCGCCCGCGAUGACCUUCCCCUUCCCAAGAACACCAGUGAUCUGGAGAACAUCGUCGAGAGCAUCCGUCAGCAGCUUGCCGACAAGAAACAUGCCCAACUGGCCGAGAUCCACGAAGAGCGGCAAAGCAUCGCUGGGCAAAUCGAAGCCUUGGCAGAGAAGCAGAAGUUGUUGCAGAGCUUUGCCGAUGAAGCAUCACCAGACGAAGAUGGCUCAGGUGACCGGGAAGGCCGUGAAAGGAAAGGCCAUGGCACAAGAACUUCUGGCGAAGCGUCCUCCAAUGAAAAGGGUGGCGGCGAGGACAAACUCUCGUCGGAUGAGUCGGACAGUGAGGAAGUGAGCACUCUUGUGAAGGGAAGGCUUGCUUUCGUGGGUGAAGAAGUGCGCAAACUUCAGGAAGAGGAGCAGGCACUGGGCAGGAAAGAAGAGGACGUGGAAGUUGGCUGGCGGCAUAACCUCGACACACUGGACUCGCUGCUUCCAUUGCUCGAGUCCAUGGUUGAGGACCUGGACAAGCUGGAAGGUUGCAUAUCAGAAAAGGAACAAGACGUCGCCGACAUAGAGAGUUCUGUGAACCAGUGUGACAGCAAACUCACAGGCGUUCUCACCGAGAAAGAAAACCUGGAACAGCAGCUCCAGAAGGUGCAAGAUCGCAAAGUGGAUGCUGACACGGAACAGAAAGAGCUCAAGACAUCGCUGAACAGCCUGGAUGACAAGAUGGCAUUUCUGGCACAGCAGGAAGAAGACAUACUGAGCACGUUGAAGAACAAGCGACAGCGAGUUGAAGAAGAGCUGUCCAAGUUCAGCAAUGGUAACGACCCGCUGAUCGACGCUCUUGGCAAUGGCAGCCAGCUGUCAUCCCCUGCACACAACGAAAGCUAUCUUCUGUCGUGCUCCGACAACCUCGGACCUCUGACGUCUUCUCCCAUAUCCAACAAAUUGCAUCACAGUAGCUGGGAUCUAUCUGGUCUCGAGGAAAAGUACUUGGUCAUUGAGAAGGAGCUUGAGGAACGACGGAAAGCCUUUGAUUCUGAGCGGGGAGAAGCUGACAAUGUCUGCCUGAAGCAGCUCAGGGAGAUGGAAUUCAAGCAUCGGGAGGAAUUACUGGAGCUCAUUAAGGAAAAGGCAGAAGACCUGAAGAGACAUAACUCGGGCCUGCAUCCACUGCCCUGUGAUGGCAAUUCUUCCACUCUUCCUGGAAGAAGACAAAACAUCACAUCUCGAUCUUUGCCCAUUCUCCCAACGCACCCCUACCUGUCAUUCGAGCGAGGCACAGAGGAGUGCCCCAUCAGGAUAUCCAUUCCAUCCUACACGUUGCGAGGAAGUGGAUCCAAUGCUCACAUUGAAUACGAAGUCAAGGUGGUAGUCAUGGAUGACAGCUGGACCUUGUAUCGGCGAUACAAGCGGUUUCGAGAGCUCCAUGACUACAUGAAGUUAAAGUAUGGACAGAAGGUGAUGCUGCCAUACUUCCCCCCAAAGCUGCUCUUUGGGAACAAGUCACAGCGACUGGUGGAAGAACGGCGCAAGCUGCUGGAGGUUUACCUGAUUGAGCUCAUCAACAAGUGCCGUCGUGACCUGUCCUGUCCCCUGCACCGAACAGUGCAGGGCCUCUGCAAACAGCACAUGUGGGAGUUUGCACCAUUCUUCCGGAAAGGAUGUUUCGAGACGAGCAAGCACAGCACCGGCUGAAGGCCAUGAUGUUUGCAUAGCUUCGGAGACACUUUUCACGCAGUGCGCCGCAUGUUUCAUGCAGCGGUAUCAAUUGCACUAUGCCUUGCAACGCGAUUUUGAAUUCGGGGUCACGAGCCCUCUCAUGAGGUUUGUGGGCAAAGGAGCUUGAGAGGUAAGGAUGUGCAAAUAGGACAGUGUUUAACCACUGCUGGCAUAAUUUUUUCAAGCAAAGCACACACGCUCGUGGUUCAUCAUUGUGAUAUUGCAUAGAUCGUUCCCAAGUUGUUGGACUACUGUGCUUGCAUGAAAAGCUGGCCUCCACGCCAGACAGUGGUGUGGCAUUGAGUUUGCCGGUUACAAGUAUUCUUUUGUCGAGGCAAAAGUUAUGUCGUAAGUUUGCACACUGGAGUCAUUUGUUAAAAGGUGCCACAUCAACAGACCAAACAGCAAGCUUUCAGCGUAGCUAAGGCUAACCAUGAAAUAGAUGGUUAUACUCACAACAUGCCUGUGCCAUUUGACCGGGUGUGUUGGUUGGUCACCUUUCUGCUGUGUCGAGAAACCAGUGUGCGAUGAGCGGGGGUGUGUUUACACCCAACUCUGUAAAUUCGCGACUGUUCCUGAAUGCUGUCUGCUUUGAGGCAAACCUAUGCAAGUGCAGCAAGAGGUAAUGUCAGGAGGCCUUCCUGGUGUCCGAGUACCGGCUGUGUUUCCAACAGCCAAGCUUUUGUUUCAUAUACUCACUUGACAAAGUAUAAUCUAGCGCACCCUCUUUUAUCAGCAGCUUUGUUGCAUCGGCUUUUGUGAAGCAUUGGUCAUGGUGCUUUUGCUUGUGGUAGCCCUGGAGAACAGUACGUCUGCUGUGUUUGCUUUCAAAUGGUAGUGCCUGUUACUGUAGCAUUACUGGUAUAUUGGUGCCGCUUUGCAUGAAGAGGCUGGUAUUAACUGCCCCAAAAAUGCAUUUGUGCAUGCCACAAAAAUGUACGAGGCAGUUUUUACUUGCACAUCCGUCUCGUUAGAGAAGACUGUAGGUGGCAUUAAGGAGUGAAGUUCAGAGUGCAGGAUCUGGCAACUAACCUACAGCAAGUCGUCGUACACCAUGUAAGGGUUCUCCUGUUUACACGAGUACAAACAAGUCCUUGCAAACUUUUUGUUUCAAAGUGUUAUUUAGCUUUGGCCAUGAGAUAGUAGCAGCAUGAAUCCAAGCUUAUUUAUGAUGCCCCCAACUAUCGAGUCUGACUCAUACCUGCAACUAUUCUAGGUGUUUUUAAACCAUAUUGGAGCAUGCUGGAAGUCUGUCUGUUCUUCCUUCUAGCUUCGAUGGGGAUGCCUGCGUUGUCCUAUUUGUAUAGGUAUUUUUAACUUUUGGAGAGCAUAUACUGUUUUGCAUGAAAGCAUAAUGUGAGGCGUGCUUUUUUUUGUUUUAUUAUGAAUGAGUCGGGCUUGUUGCAACGCUCUUGUACAGUUUUCUAUUUAGUUUUUGUUUCUCCGCUUCCGUAGAGAUUUUUCGUAUACUAGGUUAUUCCUUGUCUUUUGCAUUUGUCCAUGCUUUUGAAUGCAUCAUCAACUUUUCUUCUUUACUCCAACUCCACUUGUAUUGUGGGAACACGUCAGCACAAAUACAUCUGGUGCGCACAAGAAUUCCUUUAAGUAGUUAUAUACACUAUAGCAUGAGAGUUUUAUUUAAGUCCUAGGUUCACUAGUAGCAGGAAACGAAGGUUGAAAGCUCAUAAUCACCGAGGAGUGCAGUACACGUUCGCUGCUGUCAUAUGGCAGCUCCCAACACAUUUCCUGGGCAGUCCUGAUCUCGUACAUUGUAUAGAGCUUGGCAGUGGUUAUGAUAAUGUUUAGGUUUUUCUCACUUCCCCAUAUUACUGGCAUACAAGCACCUGCUCAUCUUACAUAGGAGAAACGAUUCAGCACCAUCAAGAUAUUCAUCUCAUACUUUCAUCUAUACAAAUUCUGCAAGUUCUUCAAAGUGGAUGUUAAAAAUAGGGAGCAUGAGGCAAUUUGCAUUAGCUCAAACCAACUGAAAUUCUUUUGCACAUAUUUGUUUUUACAAUUGUAGUAUAGAAUAGCAUACUCUAUUGUAUCUGAGUGCAAGGUGGUUAUGCCAGGCCAGCUUUAGUCAUUCUUGUUUUAUUGAAUACAUUUCAUCAGCUACUUCAUAGCUUUUGUAAGAUUUGUAUCGUCGCCGAGUGGUGAGCUCACACUUUUAUGAGACCACACUGAGAUACAUAGUUGAUAAUUUGCCGCGUGCCACAAACAUGCCUGCUGAUGCUUUUCAGGAGUAUGGGAUGCCUGCUUGCAUGCUACAAUUUAGGGCCGUUCCACUGCUUACCUUCAGGUGCUGAAGGUAGGCAGUGGAAAUGGCACUGAAGUUUGCAAUGUAUAGUCAAAACUUUAGUGCACACUUUGCAGAAAACCAGUCUAAAAUCUAAUGCAGUGAGGAGGCUUGCUUUAUCUCUCCCUCUGUUUAAGGUAAUUAAAGAAAAGUCUCCAUGCAGCUUAUCUGACACCAGUCCUGUCACAGCACUUUGGGUGCAUUGUAACGUUUGGUUGCUUCAGGGUGACUGGCACACUAACAUGUUUAUGUUGUGGUUGGUGUGAAUUUUAUCAUGCAUUUGCUGCCAUUUGCUGCAUGCCACAGACAUGCCUGCUGAGGCUUUUCAUUAGUAUGGGACGCUUGCUUGCAUGCCGCAAUUUAGGGCCGUUGUUGCAAAACAUUCUUCUAGAACAUUCUUGUGGACAUUUUCUCGGUCAUUUACUUGGUCAUUGAACUGUGCUUUGUCAACACUAAGAGUGGCGCCAUUCCCACACUGAUGGGUGAAAAACGACACUGAACAGUGAUCAGCCUCCUUUUGAGAGGCAAGCGCACAAAAAUCUGCUCAUUCCAGCAUUUCGUGAACAAUGUGUUUUGUUCGAAGUGUUAUUGGUGAUGCCUUUUCUUUGUGCUACGUCUGUGUGAAUUCGUCUACGAUGUGUGUGUGCAGCGUGCGUUUUGUUUGUAUUUAUAUUGAGAAGACACCCUUCUUUUGUUGUUGUUCUUGUGAGUGCGCACAUGUGAAAAUAGGGAAAGCCUUCAUUUAACAACUACGCAAGGUCUUUAUUGCCGAAGAUAUGUCCACACCUGGCUUCAGCAGCUAGCAAUCUAUUGCUUAUCUUGUGGGACUCCACGGCUGAUGUUUGACCGUUUAAUAAGUAACCAUAUUUGACCAGUUGCCACUAUUUGUGAACAUUCGGCCCUUGUAAAAUGUAAAAUUGACUUUGAGGGGGAAUAUGUAACUUUGUUAAAUUUGUACUUAGAGCUGUAAUGAAACCUAUGGCUUGUUUUUGUUUAUAAUCACUCAAAAGUGUUUGAUUGAUGCACAUUGUUUGCUAAUGUUUUCACACAUACAUGUUUCUAGUGUUGGUAGUUUUGUGUAUUAGACUGUUUAGAGCUUAAUAUGUUACAGCACACUUGCAUUGCUUGCUGUGCAGAUAUGUUGAGAUGUUGUACCUGACAAAUUUCACACCUUGGCGUUCUGAGCUGAACAGGUGCAAAGCUCAGUUCUCAUGUUUCCACAUUUGGCUGGGCUGUAGGAAAUGCUACAACUGGUCCAAAUGGCUUCCGUUUCUGCAGCAAUAAACUGUGGCUACUCAUGAUUAAAUGUGUAAGCACGACUGAACGUCGAUGUAGAAGGAAACACACAUAGAGAUAGCGCUGUCUCAGUGUGUGUAUAUUUCUUUCUACAUCCUCAUUCAGUUGUGCUUACACAUUCCAUCAUGGAUUCAAACCAGCUAGCCCACCAACAUGUUUUAACCAAGUGGCUACUCAUUGUGUGCCCUUGGCACAGCAUCAGUGCCCGUGAAUGUCAGUAUUUCAAGAAUUUUUUGUUUUUUGUUGGGUCGUUGGACAUUGUUGAGGUUUUGGCAUUUGUCAGAAGUGAAUCGGCACAGUUAUUGCUUCAUGGCACUUCGCAUCUAACCUACCUUGACACUGAAGAUAUUACGUUGCUGAUUUCGCAAGAGGCUUGUUUUCAAUUGCCUUCCUUUCGGAAACUUUCUGUGGCUAACUUUAACUAGAAAUUUUUGAGCUUCCUUGAUAAGCUUUUGUCACUGCAAUAUAUGGAAGCGCCUUUUACUUUUUUUUGUGUGUGUAUGUGUGUGUUACGAAUGCGUUUUUUUUUAAAUGGAGCCUAUUUUGUCUGCACAUCAAGACACAACCAUUUGUACAUUACCGUUUUGCCAUACAAAGUUACAGAAGCUCCUUUGAGGUUUGAAGUGUUUAGUUCUGUCAUUGGUCAUGCACACGAUGGCUGUUGUGUAUUGAUUUCUUGAAACUUUUUUGGCAUAAGUUUGAAGGCUAACUCCAAAAAAAUUGGGACCUCAUAAAAAUCCUUGUUUCAGGCAGUGUGCAAAAUUUUAUGUUUGAAAUACGAGUGGAUGCAUCGCAGAAGGCUAGCAAAAAUAUGGCGUUCUUGAUAUCCUCAAAAAUAAAGAAACAAUGCCACCAUUAGCCAUUACCACUCACCAGAAGUGACACAAUAUCGCUUUGUUGAGAACCAGAGUGGAUCCUUGGCAUGUCCACCAAGAAUGGGUGACGCCAGCAGCAUUUUGAAAAUCUCUGAGGCCAUGUUCUGUGAUCUGUGUCGUACCUGCUAACCACCAGGCGCAUGCGAGGUCUGCUUGGGUGCUAUUUACAAGUUGCUAAUAAGAAAAUUGGGCAAUUGCCAGUACUGCAGCUUUGCCAAAAUUGCUUCAGUAGAAUGUACCACUCGCUUGUAACCAAUGUAGCCAAAGUGAAAUUUUGUUGCAGCUGGCCUUUGAUGACAUUGGCUUUGACUUGGUUUUUUUUAGCCGUUAUAAAAAUUUUUGGCUGUAGGAUCCCUGUAGCUACAGACUAAGUUGUUUGGCUUAGAUUAAACUAUAAUGAAUUAAAGGAAGCUCAAUUGAACUAAAUUGUAUUGCAUUACCUACUGUGCUUACUUUGCAAAAGCGGGCUUGGUGCAGAUAAUGAUAGUACAACAUUGCUUUCUCAUGUAAACAAAAACGUGGCCCAUUACUUGCAGAAAAUGUUCUUAUGGAUGAAGAAAAAAAUUUUUUCUGUUUCAAAUAGAGUAAUGAAUGAGGUAUACCUGCGGAUAAGACACCAAAAUUUCACCACUACAUCGUGCAAUAAUGGUAUAGCAUUUGCUGUAGAGUCAUUUGAUGUAUGUACUACCUGAUUUCCUGUGGCUUGUCCAAAUAGUACCAUUCUCAUGGGGUAUCCAAGUCCUCACAAGUCCUGGCAUUGUACUUGACAUUUAUAUGCACACAAAGCUUAUACAGUUCAGGUGUUGUUCAUGGCGCCAAUGUUAUAUACACAGCAUGCCUGCCAGUUUUGUCUGAUCAAAGGAAUGUGCCUUAUUACCGCAUCUUAGGCGAUCCUAAAGAUGUUUAUGAGAAGAGCAAUUUUAGUGAUGCUUGAAUGAAGUGUCUCAAGAUGUGGGAUUAUAAAAUUACAAUAUUUUUAGAAUUUCGUGCUCUUCUGAAAGUUGCAGAUGUACAGUGUGGCAUUGCCACUGGCUUUAGAGAUUGUUAGUCACAUGCAUUAAUAGGUAUUUUACUUGCAGUAUGUGUUGGCAAGUUCAUUCGAGUGUAUUUAGGGCAAUGCAAGCUGCUCACAAUACAGAUAAAGGAGAUUAAAACUAAGGCAGGUUCCAAGCACAUCGGAAAUGGUGAGAUAUGUCAUUGUACAAUAUGCACAUAGCCAUCAACGUGUUCUCCUGCACAAGGGAAAAAUGCAAGUUGUUUGCCUUCUCACUAGCAAUGGCGUUCACAUAGCUUGCCUUGUGUCAACUGAGCUUUGGCCUGACGUGCUUGUUAACGUAUCGCCAUAAAACCAGUGGCACAGAUAUAAAUGGCAUUUAAUUGUGGCAUUUUGUGAUGCUGUUUCUAUAGAGUUUACUGCAACAAUUACUAGAAAUAAAUCUGGAGCUAGUGUCUACGAGAGCUGGAAGCAUGGUGGUUCAGCCAGCAUAAAAAUGUUUAGUAUGUGGAUUUUACUAAACUUCGUCCUUCUGGCUUCAAACAGCUUUGUGACUUAGGAAAUAGAUCAUUUUCAAUAAGACGUUGCGUUAUGAAUGCAACAAUUCGUGGUGGUUAUGCAUAUUGCCUUCUUUAAUGCCUAUAGAAAAGUAUGCAUGAUGAUUAGAUAAAUUCCCAUGGCAACUGAGGAUCACAGUACCAGAGCUCCCCUUAGUAAAAUUUGUAGGAAAUUUUAUAGCUGUUCCCAAGCAAGGUGUGCAAAGCUUCUCUCCCAGUUUGACAAUGGGAAAGGUCUUGGAAUCAGUGUAAACUUCAUAAGGUAUGCUUGGCUCACGAUCUUAUCGGCAAGAUCUGUGCUAUGCGCAAACUUCUCUAACAUGUUGAACGAAGUAUCACGGGAGGCCACAAUCAUCGUAGCUGUUCCCAUCUGCGUCCAUUAUUCCAGCAUUUCAAUAACGAUAGUAUGUACACACCAGGCUUGCACUCUGCUGAAUACACACACCAGGUUUUUUUUACCGUCAAGGCUACAUGGAAAUUGUGUGUGGUGGAGUUCUUUUAUGAUCUGAGCCAAUUUCCCUAUCACAAAUGCAUUUCUGUUGGCUGUUCCUUUACAGGAUGGCCAAUAAAUGUUCCUUCACUGUUA